AUGGCUACACUCGGGCAGAUCAUCUUCUGCAGCAUGAUGACCCUCAUCGUCGUAAUCUCGGCCUUCAUCAUCCUCAUCUUAGCCGUGACCUUCUCAAGGCGCUCGUCUGAGGUGAUGAGCAGCAACACGGCGCCCGUCGCCAACCUCGGCGAGGACCAGCUUCUCAGCUGCUUUCUCCGCACAGAGAGCGAACAGGCCAGGGUCGGCCAGGUGGCGGUCACCUGGGUGAAGAACGACCCCGAGAGACUUGUUUACCGCUAUGAGGAUGGAGCUCCGGAUCUUGGGGACCAGGACUCCCAGUUCAGGGGGAGAGCUCAGGUCUUCCCUGGUGCGUUAGUCGCAGGCAACGCCUCCCUGCUGAUGAGGAACGUGAGAAGAAGUGAUGAGGGGGAGUACACCUGCAGCAUCAGCUCCUCUGAGGGCGGAGGGAAGGUCAACAUGCGUGUCAGGACCGCAGCCUUUUCAGCCCCCGCGCUCACAUUCUCGGAUGGUGUCCUGGCUGCUGAGGCGAGCAGGUGGUUCCCUAAACCGAAUGUGACUUGGCUGAACCGCGACGGAGACGUGCUGCGGGGAAGCACGAACUUCUCACAGAGCUCCGGCGGGAUAUACAGUGUUGUCAGCGCGCUGCGUCUAGUCAACGCCAGCGGCUCCUACACCUGCAGGAUUGGAAACGACCUGGUGACCUCGGUCUCUCAGGCAACCGUGACAGGCUCUGGGGUCCUGGAGAACACGUACUUCACCUACGCCGCCACUUCGUCCCUGCAGGAGUCAGCUCCCCUCAGCAUUACGACCAGUCUCCUCUGCGUCUGUUACCUGGCCUAGUUAUGCACAGGCC